AGAAACACUGCUCAACUGAGGGAGUCUGAGUGAGUGAGCCACAUGGAGAAUAAGAAAAACAGACAGUAGAAAGAAGGACAUGUGAACAGUGACAUUUUUACUUUGUAUGGGAGGCAGGAAACCACACAACUACCUGUGGAGAUGGGAAGUACAACCCUCCCAGUGUACCUCAAUGUGAGUGCAGGGAUGAUCAACUCAUCAUCGGACCCAGCUGAGACUGAGGCGGGUUACAGUGAGGCAACAAUGAUCCUGUUGGGCAUGAUCAUGUCCUUACUCGUCCUGUCCAUUGUCUUUGGCAAUAUCCUGGUCAUAACAGCAAUUGCCCGCUUCCAGCGUCUCCAAAAUGUCACCAACUGUUUCAUCACUUCCCUUGCUUGUGCUGACCUAGUCAUGGGUCUUAUUGUUGUUCCUUUUGGUGCCUGCUACAUCAUCUUCAAGACUUGGCACUUUGGUAGUUUCUGGUGUGAGUUCUGGACUGCAACUGAUGUGCUCUGUGUCACUGCAAGCAUCGAGACCUUGUGUGUCAUAGCUAUUGACCGUUAUUUGGCCAUUACUUCCCCCUUUCGCUACCAGUCGAUGCUGACCAAGGGCAAGGCUCGCAUUGUGGUUGUGCUGGUGUGGGUGAUUGCCGCCUUGAUAUCUUUCCUGCCCAUCCAUAUGAAGUGGUGGAUAUCAGUUGAUAAGGAAGCUAAAGAUUGCAUUGAGGACAGUAGCUGCUGUGAGUUCUACACCAACAUGGCUUACGCCAUCACCUCCUCUAUCAUCUCCUUCUACAUCCCAUUGGUUAUCAUGGUUUUUGUCUACAGCCGCGUUUUCCAGGAGGCCAAGAUCCAACUGAAGAAGAUUGAUCAAAGUGUUGGACGUUUUCACAACAGUGACAACAGCAACCUCCAAUCUCUGGAGGCCAACAAUGUGCGUGGCAACAAGAAGGCCAAAUUUUGCCUGCGGGAACACAAAGCCUUAAAGACACUGGGCAUCAUCAUGGGAACCUUUACUCUGUGUUGGCUGCCCUUCUUUCUGCUCAACGUGGUGGUGGCCAUAUGGAAAGUGGAGGACAUUGACCUUACCUUCAGGAUACUUAACUGGAUUGGCUACGCAAACUCUGCUUUCAACCCACUCAUUUACUGCCGAAGUCCUGAGUUUAGGUAUGCCUUCAAGGAGAUCCUCUGCAUAAAGAGGAACCGCUUCAACAAUGCAGAGCCAGUGAACGGAUAUGUAUACAGCAAGCACAGCUGGCAGAGUGAACAGCAAGGGAGAAGUAAGGGCAGCUUGGAUGACAGUGACACUAAUGAAGGGUGUGUGGGAAAGGGAGUGGGGGUCUGCGGCAGCGCGGAUAGAUCAGUGGACCCCAACGGUAAUUGCAACAAAGGCCUAUCAACUGUAGUGGCUGUCCUUUAAACCUGGAGCCCUGAGACUUCUGUCAACAGGGUGAUCGAGGAAUGUUUACACUGCUAGUAUUAACCUUUUUUCAAUUGACUAAUGAAGGUAAGGCCAGUCAAACGGACGUGUAGGGACUGCUUUACAGAAACUGUAACAAUCAUGUUCAGCUGAGGAAACUCUUUAGCUUCCUCUUUCAACACUGAAUAAAAACUGUAGGUAGAUCACCUUUCCUUUUGUUACAUUUCUCAUGUUAAACUUCUAACUACCUCAUCACAUCUUUUAAACAUGUGUUUCUUAACUGACUAUUUCACAUUAACUCACUGUCCACAGAAGUUACAUCAUGGCAGUUUGGUAUCUCAGCCGUGUAUGUAUGCACUUUACUAUAUGUUCUGUGCAUUGUAAAAUUUCGACUAAUCAGGCUCACAUUGAAUUCAUGGGCAUUUUUAAUUCCAUAGUUCUUGGCAAAGGUUCCCUAAAUGUAUUAGCAUAAAAAUGUUUGUAAAUGUUGAUAGAGGUUAUUCCAUAAUUCCAUUCAGGCAUGCCAAUUUGCAGUUCUUAUUUCCGUCGGAAAAUGGAUGAGCAGCAUGGAAGGAUCACACUUAAUGCCUCGUUGGGGCUUUGUUUGAAGAAAUACAUUCCAAGUCAACACGAAUAAUACAAUGUAAUAAUUUGGCUAAAUUUUACUUUCUAGUUU